AUGAUUACUAAACUUCAGGCACGUUACCGCUGCCAGGUACAGCGGCGUGCGUUCAUCGAGAAGCGGAAGAAGUGUGUGAUCGUGCAAAGUGUGUGGCGCGGUGUGCGCUCGCGCCAGCGUAUGUAUCUGUUGAUGAAGGGAAAUAGCGCGGUUUUGAUUCAAAGUGCGUACCGCAAACAUCUUGCCGAGCAGAAGUAUACAAAGCUUCGCAAUGCCACCAUUAAGAUCCAGUGCAUGCUCAAGACGAGGAAGCAAACCGAGGUAGAUUUGUUGAAGCACCGUCUCGAGGACGAAAAGCGUGCUCGCCUGGAAAUCGAAGCGGAAAAUUCGUCAUUGCAGCAGGAGCUGAAAGAGGUUCGGGGUUCUUCUGUACUUACUGCUAACAGCAGCAUUUGCGAGGGUGAAGCGUUACACACGCUUCCAAGCAGUUCGUGGUCCAAAGGAUUUACAAAGGGCCGCGAACACGGCCGACGGGAUUUGUCCCAAGAGAAUGAAAACCUGAAGACUGAAAACAAGAAAAUCAAGGACGCGUAUACCGCUGCUGGCGCAUCGUUUGCUGCGCUGAAUCAGCACAAUAAGCGGCAGUCAAAAGCAAAUUUGCGGCUCAUGAGUACACAUGCUGCUCUGAUAAAGUCUCAGGAGGAAAAGAUGAAGCGAUACAAGAAACAGGUGGCAGAACUGAAGGAAGAUCUAUUGAUGCAACGUUCUGUGUAUUCUGCAGAGCUGAAGGCUCGUGUGCAGCAGCAGGAUGUGAUCACCGAGGUCAUCAAAUUAGCAAAAUCCGGUGGCCUUUCGGAGGAGCUACUGGAGCACAUGCGAGCGAUGGCCGUGGACUUUAGGCCCUCGAUUGACAACGGCCAGGCGAGCAACACCAGCGAGUAUCGCCUUUCCUCUGUUGCCAGCAAUGUGGCUAAGGUGAGUGAAAAUCGUGAAAAUCGAUCAGAGACGACAACUGCGAUCGGUCCGUGCCUCUGUCGACUUCUCAUAGCUCGAACAUGUCUCCUGCACGGAGCGCCGCGCUACCCUCGCUGA